AUGCAGGACUUGGAACGGAAUUUGAGGGAUGCCAUCGUUUACGGUCACCCAAGAACUAAAAGGCCUUAUCGCAAAAUAUUCAUUUUUGUUGAAGGCGUUUACAGCAUGGAAGGAACUAUACUGAAGCUGCCUGACUUGAUCGCCCUAAAAAAGAAGUACAAGGCAUACAUUUAUUUAGACGAGGCUCACAGUAUAGGUGCCCUUGGCAAACGUGGCCGAGGUGUAUGUGAUUAUUGGAAUUGUAAUCCAAACGAUAUCGAUAUUCUGAUGGGGACGUUUACCAAAAGCUUCGCCUCUGCCGGCGGCUAUAUCGCUGGGUGCAAAAAAUUGAUUGAUCACAUUCGACUGCAUAGCCACAGUUCCUGCUACGCGGUGUCCAUGUCUCCUCCUGUUGCUCAGCAGAUCAUUUCUGUCAUGAACAUCAUCAUGGGAAGGGACGGAACCGACGAAGGACAGAGACGCAUUAAUCAAUUGUCCCGUAACAGCAGGUAUUUUCGACAACGACUCAGGCAGCUCGGCUUUAUUUUGUCGGGUCACAUGGAUUCGCCUGUUGUUUCCCUGAUGAUAUACUUACCGUCCAAAAUUAGCAUGUUCUCUCGUGAAAUGUUGAGGAGGAAAAUCGGAGUGGUCGUCGUUGGCUUUCCGGCCACGCCGAUCAUUCUUGGCAGAGCGAGGUUUUGCCUUAGUGCCAGUCACACGAAGGAAGACUUGGAUAGAGCACUCGACGAAAUCAGCGCUGUCGGUGAUCUCUUGUGGCUGAAGCACUCCAAAGUCAAAAAACUACCCAACGUACACAUGGAAUACUGA